GGGGGGCAGGAGAGGACGGUGGAGGUCCCAGCUCUGAUCCAGACCAGGAGCUGACACCUUGACCUUGUCCAUCUCUGCUGAGAUCUCAUGCAUCUCGCACAAGGAUUUGGAUGGCUGAGUUAAGCGCUGAGGUAAGGCCAUUUCCCGGCUUUGUACCUCAUUUUCCUUAGCUACAGCGUGGAGCUGACACUGUUUCUGUGCUGCAUGCACGGGCUUUGAGCCUCGGCUAAGCAAUGUUUAUAAAGCUCAGGGCCUUCUUGUCUCUCAGAACCUGGGAUGCCGUGUGUGUGGCCAUGAGCACAAUAUACCUGUGUCUGUGGCUUUAUGUAUUUGGCAAAACUGCAAGAUCCUGGAUAAGAAAAAACCCCUAUAAAUAUAUUAAACUACUCAUGAAAUGUUCCCCAUGUCCACCUGCAGGCUUGUCUUGUAUUAUGCUUUAAACUUCCCACUGGAAAAAGAGGGUAAAACUGAUUAGAUCUUUUUUAUUUUCCUCCAGAAGUGUUUGGUUUCCAAGUGGCCGGGAACAGCUGUGGGCUGGAUGGUGGGAAUGUGGCCUCCGAGUUACAGGGUUUUGGCAGAGCUGGCCAUGAUGUUAUGGUUCGUGGUAGGUGCCCUCUUCCCAGCGCUGCUCCUGGCCGCACCCCCCCCCAUCAACAAGCUCGCCCUCUUCCCGGACAAGAGCGCUUGGUGCGAGGCAAAGAACAUCACCCAGAUCGUGGGGCACAGCGGCUGCGAGUCCAAGUCCAUCCAGAACAGGGCCUGUCUGGGACAGUGUUUCAGCUACAGCGUCCCCAACACCUUCCCUCAGUCCACGGAGUCCCUGGUGCACUGCGACUCCUGCAUGCCAGCCCAGUCCAUGUGGGAAAUCGUGACACUGGACUGUCCAGGCAACGACGAGAUCCCCAGGGUUGACAAGCUGGUGGAGAAGAUCCUUCACUGUAGCUGCCAGGCUUGCGGGAAGGAGCCGAGCCACGAGGGAGCCCUGUUCAACGUCUACCUGAACGCGGAGGAGAACAUGCCCGCGGAGGGUCCCAGCCCCCAUCACUAUGCCCACCACCAACAGGAGGUGGAAGAACCUCCCGCCUCCAGCCACCACCAUCACGAGGAGGAGGGCGACGACUGACCUGGCCCUUGCGGACUGUCCUUGCAGCCAGCGGCGCGGGCAGGGGGUGUGUGCGAGGGAGAGGGCUGGGGUUGGGGGAGGGAGGGGGGUGGUGGAGUCUUUCCUGUCUAAUAGCUACCCUCACGCUUUGCUCUCCACGACACCCCGGGGCUGGAGGAACGUUCUGAGGCUCAAGCAGGGCUGAGGGGCGGCCGUGGGGCUGGAGCUGCAGGGCGAGAGAGGAGGGCUCGGCGUCUUCUGAUGCAAAACUACUUGCACAUAAUAGUAAUAAUAUAUUGAGAGGAGCGGGAGCCCGGACGAGGGGGUUUCGGCUGAGAGCCAGAGCUGAGCUGGGCUCUGCCGGGGCUGGCUGCAGGCUCCCGAACCUGCUCUUCACUGCGGGUCACACGCACCCUCGCUGAGCCCUGGGGUUUUCGGGUGGAGGAAGAAAGGACGCAGCUUCUCCACGGUCCCACAAGAGACGCGCAUCUCUCCCGGAGCGUGCGGGGCCGCCGGCAUCCCUUCUUCCCCCUGCCUGCCUAAGGACACGUGGGCUCAGCAUGGACGCGCUGUCCCUCCUGGCACGUGCUGGAUCUUAAUUCACCCCCAACCCCCUUGCCUUAAUUAAUUGGGUAGCUCUUGGGGGGUGUGUGGCCCCCGGGGUGUGCCUCUGGGGCUGUGUGUGUGACGUUGUGGGGAGCCGCGGUGACGAGAGCCCUUACCCUGCUGGUCCUCAGGGCCACCGCGGAGCUCCCCGGGAACGAGGGACCUGGGCCAUGCCACAGGCGCGGGGGCUUCGCGCUUGGCAUGGCCCCCAGGGGAAAGCCAGGAGCAGGUUCGUGUGGGGGUGGGCUGGGUGGGAGCCAGCCCCUCUCCCCCCUCUCCCUGCUGCACUUUAACGGUGGUGGAGGGAGAAGGGGGACGAGUGCCGGGAUGCUGAUGUACUUUUGCAGGGGGCUGCUCGUGCAGGGCUGGGGAGGCUCGGGGGCGGGGGGGGGGACAGCCCUGGGCCCCUCCUGCUACCCCUUUCUCUCAGUUGUAUAAAGCUGAUUUCUUUGGCGCUGUCCUGACAAGAGCUUCCAGAGCUUGUAAUCGAUGCCUCCCCCUCCUUUUUACAAGGUUUUUUGUUUAUUUGUUUGUUUUUUGUUUGUUUUUUUUUUUUUUUUCUUAAAUAAAUUAGUUCUGACUUCCA